AUGCCGAACGGCGAUGUCACACUGAAGCUCAUCCGACACGUCGUCUCGGGUGCGAAUCCGAAUGCACCCAGAUCAAUAACUGAUAAACCUUCGAAGGCUGAAGAGCCGGUGCUGGACGAAGACGCCGAGAUUGAGGCGGCGCUGGGAAUCGAGCCAGAGACUCUGAACGACGACGAGGACGACGGUAUUGUAUUUUACGCUCCGGACGCGCCAGGCGCUGAGGAUGGGCCUUUCUAUCCGCCGACGCCGAGAGCGAGGGGGUCGGAUGCGAGUCGCAGGGAUCGGUCCGCGAGUCCACCAGCGUCUUUCUGGGCCGCGUUGAAGAGACAGGCCGCGCAGGUCAUUGGAGAUCCCGUUGCUGUCGAGGAUGAUGCUGCCGUCUCAGAGGUUGUGCAAGACGCACAGGGCGAGGUGGAGAUGGCCGUCGUGGAGAGUCAUGAGGCGUGGUGUAUCUGUUCUUCACGCCACUUGAUGCUAUCCUCCCGCUAUUUCGAGACGAUCCUCAGCGGUGAGUUCAAGGAAGCGAAGACGCUCCGCACGACGGGACAAGUGGUAAUCGAGUUCUGGGAGGAUGAUCUGGAUAGCAUGGUCAUCCUGCUCAACAUCAUCCACGGGGCGAGUCGGAAGGUUCCCAGAACUUUAGGCACUGAUAACCUGACCAAACUUGCCGUGCUGGUGAGCAAGUUCGGGAUGCUCGAGACCGUGGACUUCUUCUCGGACACCUGGAUUGACAACUUGCAGCGGGAAGGGUUGCCGAAAGGCUACAACAAGGACAUCCUGAAGAUGUUGUACGUGUUCUGGGUCUUCGACCGAGAGAAGGAGUUUGGCGACAUGACGAGAUUGGUGCAGAGGGAGGCGGACGAGAAGAUCGAGGAGGAUGUCAAGGGGUUGAUGAUUCCCAGUGCGAUUGUAGACGCCAUCAAGCAUGCCCGCGUAUCUGCCAUCUCAACCGCCAUCGACACAGUUCACGCGCUCAUCAUCAAAUUCAUGGAUGGCACUGAUCACUGCGACGCAGCGAUAGACGACGAUCUCCGGUAUGCUUGCGAUGCAAUGGUCCUGGGUUCGCUGCUCAAAAGCUCUCGCAAGAUUGGCAUCUGGCCCAAACCCGAAGCGCCUUUUCUAGGACGGAGGUGGAGAGACCUUGCGAAGAAGAUUCGGGGGAUCAAGGUCUUGGAUGUCUGUAACAAAACGAGCUCGAGGAGAUGGAACUCCCAUGGACCCUCGGGCAACGCGCACGGUAUCGAGGAUGAGAUUGAGGGGGUUCUGAAGGAUGUGGAGAAGGGGCUGGAAGGACUGAACCUCAAGGACUUUGCGGGGAAAAGGUGGGUUUUGGACGAGAGGUUCUUUGGGAGUGCAGAUGUGCUGACUCUUCCCAGUGAGGAUUGUAUUCCUGUGUUAGUGCCAGAGGCUGAAGUGCCAGAUGUGCCAGAUGUGCCAGAUGUGCCAGAUGUGCCAGCUCCGGUUGUCGACGCUCCCGCGAGUACAGCGGCUCAUGAACAUUCGGAUAGUGGUCCAGAACCGCAAAUGACGGGCAGCUUUGCACCAGAUUCCCAAAUAAGCUGUCACACAGAUGAAGGUGUCGAUGUGGACCAAUCCGAGUAUGAGGAAUACUACGACGAUCCAUCCAAACAUGUCCCUUCAAUCGACCAUACAGUGCUCGCGGACCAGAGAGAACUCGAUGAUGAUCCAGCUCCGCCUAUGCAUAUCAUAGAGACCAUCAACAUACAAGAGCCAGCUCCAUCACCUCCUCCUGAAUUGGCACUAAGGUUCGACUCUCCUCCAAGACCGCAGCCUCCCCAAGCGCCGCGGACCAGAGGUCGAAGUCCACCAAGAGCCAAUGUGCGGGAGGAGAAGGCCCAGCCCGAGAUGAAGGAAGCACAUUCCUCCCCUUCACUUUUCUCCUGGCCCAAAAACGACUUCGAUGAUACACCAGGCCACGAGGUAGCAAUUAUACCCAAGUCACAGCUAUCGAAUGACUUCUUGUAUCAGGAAGCGCGACCCCGGGAUCUAUCACCGAGGAACAACAUACACGAUGUGCCGACUAGAAAAGCGGUGCCAACGACCAAUUUUCAGCAAGACUAUCGCUUGAACGGCUCGACGACGCCCCCAACUACCGUAUUGAACGAACAGAUUCAUCACUCUCCACCUGCACCAUCUACGAAUGGCACUGACUUGCGGCUCAAAUCAUCGCCUCGAAACAGCAUCCAAGGGGCUGCAUUCCCGAAGCCAGCACCCGUUCCCCCACCUCACCAGAGCCCACACACAAGCCCGAAUGGCCAAACGACGCCUACAGAGAGUCAAAGCAGCAAGAACGGGUCUCCCACGUCUUACUUCCCAUCAUACAAAGAACAGGAAGCAUACGCACAGAGAAAACCGCAGGCAUUGCUUCGACACAACACCAACGAAAAACCCCCAAUCCCGAAGUCGACGCAGGUCCCUCCGCUGAGCCAGAACAACCUUUACAACAACAAUCCAACAGCUUCGGCAUACCAAAGACCGAGAAGAGCGAACAGCAUCCCGCUCCCGCCAUCGCCGCGGGAAGAGAGCCAGCCGGCCAGAGACAGUGCCACGUCAAAGCUGAUGGCCGCGGAGAAGCACAUCGCUCGCAACUUCCUGUACCAUGCGGCAUCCAACGGAGCGGGACGUGAAGACGUGAGGUCGCCUGCGCCUCGUGGCGCUGCUCUCCCCACCGGCGCGCAUUCCUGCGCCUGUGAACGGGACGGCAACACAGCACCAUCACCGGCACGAGGAGCGGAAUGGGAGGUCCCCACCGCGGGCGCUGGCGCCGACGCUUACCCACGACAAGACUUCCACCAACAACGAACACCGCCCAGAGGAGCGGAACGGGGAGCGGCACCGGAAGCCAGGAAAUCACGCACCGGCACUGGCACCCAUCGAUCGAGACAAGGAGCGGGAGAAGCGAUCCUCAACGCACAACACCAACACGGCGGACCGCGUGGCGGCGCAGCGCAAGUCCCCGUCGCCGCCGGCCAUGGCCAUGGCGGCGAGCCCGCUGAAGCAGAUGAUGACGAGUGGCGACGAGAACGACGAGCUGGGGGGGGAGGUGGCGGUGCGGGAUAUGUGGAGCCCGCCGAAAGAGGGGUUCCGCGUCCGGAAGGGGAAGAAGGUCUUUACGAAUCGGUUCUCGUCUUGAGUGGAAGUGGAACUGGUGCGAUGGAGUUGGAAUGGGGAUGGUGA